UCUCUUUUUUUUUUAAUCCGUGUCAGUUCUACCCUAAUCUUUAGCUCUACUGACCUCCCAACAAAUCACAGAAGAAAAUGACCAUAAGUGGAGUCCCAGUGCUAAGAUUUUUCAUCAUGGCUUUCCUGUUGGGUCCUCAGGAAUCAUGGGCUGUCAAAGAGGAGCACGUAAUCAUCCAGGCUGAGUUCUAUCUGACCCCUGACCCAUCAGGCGAGUACAUGUUUGACUUCGAUGGUGAUGAGAUUUUCCACGUGGAUAUGGAAAAGAAGGAGACGGUGUGGCGCCUUGAAGAAUUUGGACGUUUUGCCAGCUUUGAGGCCCAGGGUGCCUUGGCCAACAUAGCUGUGGACAAAGCUAACCUUGACACAAUGAUAAAGCGCUCCAACCACACCCCGAACACCAAUGUACCUCCAGAGGUGACUGUGCUCUCAAACACCCCUGUGGAACUGGGAGAGCCCAACAUCCUCAUCUGUUUCAUCGACAAGUUCUCCCCACCAGUGAUCAAUGUCACGUGGCUUCGAAAUGGAAACCCUGUCACCACAGGAGUGUCAGAGACAAUCUUUUUGCCCAGGGAAGACCACCUUUUCCGCAAAUUCCACUAUCUCCCCUUCCUGCCCUCAGCCGAGGACGUUUAUGACUGCAAGGUGGAGCACUGGGGUUUGGAUGAACCUCUUCUCAAGCACUGGGAGUUUGAAGCACCAACCCCCCUCCCAGAGACAACAGAGAAUGUGGUGUGUGCCCUGGGCCUGAUUGUGGGUCUGGUGGGCAUCAUUACUGGGACCAUCUUCAUCAUCAAGGGCAUGCGCAAGGUCAAUGCUGGUGAACGCCGAGGGCCUCUUUGAGGCACUUUCAGGGGUUCCAAAGUCAAAGGUUUAAGGGAGAAGAGGAAUGAAUCUGAAAAAAGAGCUUAAAACAAUAAUCUUAACUCUUUAGUAACUAUGCAUGUCCUGCUACAGGCAAUGGAGUUUCCUAGAGAGAAGACCAGUGAAGAAAUUUAUGCUUCAAUAGCUUUAUAAACCUGGAAAUAUUCCAACUGUUCACCUCACUGAGGACAACCAUUUUUUUGCAUUUUCCAGACUUUUAGAUAUUCUAAGAAAAAUGACGUCUUCCUGAUCUGAUAUCUAGUUAUUCUCUCUUUGCUGACCCUUCUUGGAUCCAUUUUCCUCCAUUUUCUACCAUCAUUUUAAUAUUACCAUGCAAUGCCUCUGGAAUAGACCCCAUAGGAUCUUUUCUCUACUAUGGAACCCUGUGAAUGUUCAAAACAGAUAUCUCUUCUACACUUAGUGCUUUGGUUUCUUCAAAUUGUGAUUGUGAUUUUUUUUAACACAAUAAACUAUUUGAUGGAUCUGAGAUGAA